UGGCCUUCCAGUAGGAGAUUGGCCGGCAUCAUGGCAGCACGAGUGACGAAAUCGCUGCUUAACUUUGUUCGCUCAGCUGGAAGUCGCCAGUUCAGUAGUGAUGUCCGAACAGUGACCCUAAUCCCUGGAGAUGGUAUUGGACCAGAAAUCUCAGCUGCAGUUCAGCAAAUAUUUACAACUGCAAAUGUUCCCAUUACAUGGGAGGAAGUUGAUGUGACACCAGUGAAGGGCCCAGAUGGCAAAUUUGGCAUCCCACCAGCUGCCAUUGAGUCUGUGAACAGAAAUGGAAUUGGACUUAAGGGACCCCUCAUGACACCAGUUGGCAAAGGUCAUCGUUCUCUCAACCUUGCCAUCCGUAAGGAGUUCAGUCUCUACGCAAAUGUGCGUCCUUGCAGAAGUAUGGAGGGAUAUGAGACACUCUAUAAAGAUGUGGAUGUGGUCACAAUCCGUGAGAAUACAGAAGGAGAAUAUUCUGGAAUUGAACAUGAGAUUGUUGAUGGUGUUGUUCAAAGCAUCAAGCUCAUCACAGAACCAGCAUCCAGGCGUGUUGCAGAGUAUGCUUUCCAGUAUGCACGCAACAAUGGCAGGUAAGCAUUGUUAAAAGAUUUUG